AUGCUUUAAAGAAGAAGAAGACUUAUAAUUUCAGACCAUCUAUUCCAGAGAGACGGACUCACAAUUUCCAAUAUUCAUCCACAACGAAGUCCUAAAACUACAGUGCUAGUGAGCUUUUGUUGUUCAAACGUUUGUGGGGUACUGGAUCUAAGUUAAGCAAUGUCUGGAAGAAGUAACACUUUAACAAUAGCCGCCAUCUCCGGCUGCGCAUCUGUCGUCAUCUAUGAGAUUCUCAGACGGCUCGCAUCCUGGGCUAUUGGAGAUGAUCAGGAUGGGAAGAGAACUGACGAUCUCCAUGAAAGUGGCGUUUUGCCGGAAUUCGGGAAGAGUCUGCGUGAUCGGGAAUACACCUUUCCCGAGAAUUUUUAUCCACUGAACAAUGGUUCAUACGGUUGCGUCCCCCAGAGAGUGCUCAAUGCCCAGAAAAGAAUGAUGGAUGAACGAGAAUCAAAUCCUGAGAUGUGGUGUCGCCAUCUUAGGCUGGAGAAGUACAGGAAUGCUGUCAAGAACGUUGCAGAGUUUGUGAGCGCUAAACCAGAAAAUAUUGUCUUAAUUGAAAAUGUUACAACUGCAACUAACAGCAUUGUGAAAUCUUUCAAGUUCAGUGCUGGUGAUCAAAUCUUAGUGACCAAUCAUACAUACGGGGCUGUGCUGAAGACUUUAGAUUUUGUUACCAGUCUUAACAAAGAUGUUAGUAUUGUGCCAAUAAAGAUCCCUGUCCAGACGACAGCCAAGGAGAUCAUCGAUCUCCAUGCCCGUGCCCUUGAUGAGAACCCAAAUAUCAAGAUGGCAAUGCUGGAUCACAUCACGUCCUUCUCAGCAAUCGUUUUGCCGAUUAAGGAAUUGAUUGAGCUGUGUCACAGCCGUGGUGUAAUAGUAGCUGUCGAUGGAGCGCAUGCCCCAGGACAGCUCCCUCUUAGGCUUGAAGAACUUGGAGCUGAUUUCUACUUUGGCAACCUACAUAAGUGGCUUUAUUCACCAAGAGGAUGUGCCUUGUUCUAUAUUCAUCCCAAGCACCAGAGUUGGAUCCGGACGGCUAUCUCUUCACAUCAGACAUUUGAUGAGAAUCUCCAAGAGCGCUUCCAUUACAUUGGGACUAGGGAUGCGAUCCCGUACUUCACAGCCAAGCACUGUAUCCACUACCUGAAUUACCUUGGGGGAUUGGAAAGAGUCACGGCCUAUAACUCUAAUCUUGUCCAGUGGGCAGCCGAAAUGUUGGCCAAGGCAUGGAACACAACCUGGAUUGAACUUGACGAGGAGUUGAGGGCGCCAUAUAUGCGUCUCAUCGUAGUACCACCUACCCCCAAGCGAGCCCUCUAUAAGACGCAUAAAGAAUUCUGUUAUGAGGUCUUGAAAAAGUAUGGCGUUGUCUGUGCAGUCACUGGGGAUGAAAAGGAUAUCUUUAUACGUAUCAGUGCGCAAGUGUACAACUACAAAGAGGAAUAUUAUGCACUACGCGAUGCUAUCAUUGACAUUCUGGAUAUCGGGAAAUAAAAGGUUUUUUUCAAUUUGACCCUAUAGUAAAACCACUUAAUGGGGAUUCAUGCAGUUGGCAGUAUCUUGUGAAAGUGCCACUAGCACAUGUGACUCAACAUUUUGUACUUGGUUAACCGAGUAGUCAUAAUGGUUUUUGAAAAGUACUGUGGAUGAAAUGUUAGGUGGGGGAGGGGAUCACUCAACUGUUGUACAUGUGACCAGAAAAAAACACAGAUUUUAAAUCUACAGCAGAUUCCAUGCUUGAAAAAUGGUUUUAUACCAAAAAGAAACAAAAAUAUGUUUUUAUUUUUUCUUAUCUAGGUCAGUAUCCAGACCAACAUAUUUAUUUACAUUAACCGAAUGUAUGUCAUUGUUCUUUUUCAUCCUCACUAUAAAACAGUUUAAGGACAUUCAAAUUAAUGGUAUGAAUAAUUAUCUGGAAUAGUUACCAAGUACCCCUUUGGCAGAUUUACCCAAACCCAUGAGAGGCAUUAAAAACUAUGAUACGCGCAUGGCGCAUUGAGGGUGAAAAUUUUUUUAACAUACCGGUAUCAUUUUAUUUGGUAUGUAUCUGUGAAUGCUACUCACAUUGAGGAUAUCUUCCCUUAUUUUGGUCUAGAUUAGUAGGCGACUUAAGUGUAUUUUAUAUGUUUUAACUGUAUAAGGGCAUUUAUUUGUUUGGAAUUAUGUGUGUACGGUAAUGCUAUGAAAAAAAAAAAUGUUCAUGGGUGGAUAAAAAAAACCUGUGGUGACGUGUAUGGCAGUAUAAUUCACCCACAGCCCCCGUAUGAAGAUGUAUAGAGAAAAGAUAACAUUUUGUGUUAAGUAGUCGCUGAUGAUAUCAAUACCGAUGAACAAGGACAAUCUAACCAUGAAAGAAUGGUUUGGUCAAUUUGAUGCUUUGAAAUAAAUGGUAUGAAUAUACACGCCAAUCAUUGAUGUUUCGAAAACCGUAAAUUGUAAUUUACACUGGAAUUUGUUGCUAGAAUCAUGGAAGUAAUAUUUGAAAAGAACAGAACCUUUGAUAGGGAGAUAUGUUAUUGAUAUGAGCAUUUUCCUUCACUUUGAAAUUGGUUUUAUUUUGUUACAUGCCCAAUUCAUACUGUUUCUCUUUGCUUACCUAUUUGGAAGGAUAUUUUUAUUCUUGCUUUUCAUGAGCGUUGAACAUGCUGCAAAAUUAUUAUUAUUUUUUUUAAAUGAAUUGUCUAGCUUUGAAUAUCUAUUAAGUGUACAUACAUAUCUACUGUAUUUUGUGUGAAUAUGAAUUAGCCUUGAGUUAUUCCUGGUGUGCUUUCAUUGUGACAACUUUAUCAAGGUAUUUCAGUCGUGGUGUCAAUACAGAUCAGAAAAAUUCCAGAGACUUAAUUCUUACCUCAGAUAAUUUUUGUAUAACUAUGAUGAACUAAGCAAACAAAGAGCUUACUCCUUAAUUAGAGAUGAACUUAGUAGUGUAGAAGGGAUCAAUUCAAUGUCAGUUCAGAUAAUGGGGUUUAUUCUCUCUCAUGUUUGUUACCUCCAUUCUUAUUAUUACUUAAAUGCCAUUAUUCCCCAUCUUUUGCUAGGUUUUAUUUUUUAUAAAAAUGUUUUAAAUUCCAGAGAUUUGAGUUGUAUCAAUCCAUUUAAUGUUUUCCUUGCCAAUAUCUAGGAUCCUGAAUUUAAUGACCUCAAUCCAUAUAUACAAGUGCAAUCAUAUUUAAAGGACAAGUCCACUCCAAAAAAAAGUUGAUUUGAAUAAAAAGAGAAAAAUCCAACAAACAUAACACUGAAAAUUUCAUCAAAAUCGGAUGUAAAAUAAGAAAGUUAUGACAUUUUAAAGUUUCCCUUAAUUUCACAAAACAGUUAUAUGCACAUACUGGUUGGUAUGCAAAUGAGGAGAGUGAUGACGUCAUCCACUCACUAUUUCUUUUGUAUUUUAUUAUAUGAAAUAUGAAAUAUUUUAAUUUUCUCCUCAUUGUCAAGUGAAACAACGAUUAAUUCCUCCCUGAACAUGUGGAAUUAGCAUUGUUUAAUACUAUAUGGUUCAGUCAAGUCGGUCCUUAUUGUCAAAUUUGUAAAAAAUGAAAUAUUGUAUAAUUCAAACAAUAAUAAACAAAAGAAAUAGUGAGUGAGGGACAUCAUCGACUAUUGUCACUCAGUUGUGCAUAUCACUCUUUUGUUUUGUCAUAACUUUCUUAUUUUACAUCCGAUUUUGAUGAAAUUUACAGUGUUGUGCUAGUUUGAUUUUUCUCUAUUUAUUUAAAUCAACAUUUUGCUGGGGUGGACUUGACCUUUAAAAAUAUAUAUUUAUACCCCCGUUUUUAGACAGCUUAACUUCUAAUAAGCAUCAUGUAUUGCUAUGAUUCCCCAUCCGUUUUUAUUUAACAAUCUGUGUUUAUAUCAAUAUCUUGAGGUCACCUGUAAUAACCAACUUCUUAGAUAACAAUCUGAGCAUGUGCAAGUUAAAGCCAUAUCAACCAGGUGUGUGCAACUCAUUUCCACCUUGUACAUAGUUUGAAAGUUACCCCUUCAUUUGUAAGAGUAUAAGCCUUGCAACUGCCAGUAACGGUGAUAUCCUGCUCAAAGUAUUUUUGUCUCUUCUAAAGUUAUGUUCAAGAGUCUUUGGCCCGUAUUCUUAAGUCGGGUUUAACUUAAACUCUGGUUUAAAGUUGUGGUUUAAGUAUGGGAAGCCAAAAGUAUCAAAAUUUUUAUUCAGUUGUAUGUUUCAUAUGUUUACUGUGCUCUUUUCUGAUUCAUCGAUGGUGAAGACAAUCAUCUAUUUAUACUUCCUACACAAUUAUGAAUGAUUUGAGAGCCGAAUGAGCUGACGUAUGAUAUCUCUACUGUUAAUGAUUAUGAAACAAUUGGCUGUCCAUACUUAAACCACAACUUUAAACCUGAGCUUGAGUUAAACCCGACUUCAGAAUACGGGCCUAUAUGAUUUAGUUUUUGUCAUAUGAAUAUUAAAUCUCAUUUGAUAUAUGUGUGUUCAUUGAUAAAUUUCUGAAAUCAUGAAAUUAUAUGAAAAAAUAAUGAAAUAUCUAUAAUCAUUAAAUGAAAUCAGGGAUCUAAGAUAA